AUGAGUAUCAUUGCCUCUGAAGCAUUGCAUGGGGAUAUCUCUCAGCAUCAGAGGGAGAGAACUCUUAAUGGUUUCCGGCAGGGGAAGUUCACUGUUCUUGUUGCUACUGAUGUUGCAUCUCAUGGGCUGGAUAUCCCUAAUGUUGAUCUCGUCAUCCACUAUGAACUGCCAAAUGAUUCAGAGACUUUUGUCCAUCGGUCUGUUCGUUGCACAUUUGAGUUUAUUAGCCCUCCAGCAAUGCAUGAAGUUUUGGAGUCAUCCGCUGAGCAAGUUGUUGCGACCCUCAAAGUGGUUCAUCCUAAGUCUGUAGGGUUUUUCACUCCAACAGCACAAAAACUAACUGAAGAGCAAGGUGUAAAUGCUCUAGCUGAUGCUUUGGCUCAUUUGAGUGCAUAUCCAUGGGUCAGAGAAGGAGGAAAUGCAUCAGAUAUCCCUAUUGAUAUAUCAGUUUUGAACAAUAUGAGACAAUUUGUGAAGUACGGUCGAUUGAAACAAUUUGCUUUACGGUUAACAAAACUGCUCUGUAAGAUUUGUUCAAGGAGGAAAGGAUAUUAUAUCAUGUCAAUGUCUAACAAAUAUUGCUUGCAGGCACUAGCAAGCACACUUGAUGAAGAGGAACUUGCUGACCUCAAGGAUCAAUUUGCUGCAAUUGAUGUAGAUAAAAAUGGUUCUAUUAGUCUUGAAGAAAUGAAAGAGGCCCUUGCUCAGGAUCUUCCCUGGAAGAUGAAGGAACCAUGUGUCUUAGAGAUUCUUCAAGCGAUCGAUAGCAACACGGAUGAGCUAGUGGAUUUUACUGAGUUUGUUGCAGCUACUCUUCGUGUGCAUCGAAUGGAGGAACAUGACUCAGAGAAGUGGCAGCUGCGGUCACAGGCCACUUUUGAAAAAUUUGACAUUGAUCGUGAUGGUUAUAUAACCCCAGAAGAACUUCGACUGCAGACAGGUUUGAAAGGCUCCCUCGGUCCUCUGCUAGAGGAAGCCAACGUCGACAAAGAUGGGAAAAUAAGUUUAUCGGAGUUCAGAAGGCUGUUAAGAACUGCAAGCAUGGGCUCUCAAAACUUGCCGAGCCCAUCUGGUUAUUGGAAUUUGAGGAAGAUAUAGAUCCAUUCUGGAGCUUUUGGGUGUUAAAAAGAGAGGAGGGAGCACGAGACAGGUUACGUAUUUUGGUUACUCAAGAUAUACCGAGCCAACCAUGAUGACCGCCUCUGUACUCCGCUCCAUUGCCAGUGGAAAUCCCUGAACAAAAGUUAGUAUCAAGGGAUUUUGCAUGGCACCCCAAGUUAGCCGAGAAGUGCUUGAGGAUGAAGGUUUGGAGAGAUUGCUGGCUGUGGUCGUUUACUUGGUGAGAGGGAAGGGCUAUACGGGCGUACGUCUUCUAAUGAGUGUGGGAUGUGUAGGCUGCGAGUGUAUAUUUAACGCCCUCGAAUUUGGGGGCCUGUUCUAUUAUAGAAUGGGCAAUGGUUUUUUACUUGUAAGGCCUUCUCUUUUCCCAAUUUUUUUGGCAUCGCAAAUGAAUUAAGUGUAAGCAUUUUUCAGUCUCUCUCAGAGAUGGGCAAUGCACCUGCUUUUCCUGUGAAUUAUUUAGAGAUG